UCAGAUGUGCUGAAUGACGCCAUCUUUGAUGAAGAUCACGAUGAGAUGGUAAUUGUGAAGGACAUAGACAUGUUCUCAUUGUGUGAGCAUCACCUCGUUCCGUUUGUUGGAAAGGUACACAUUGGCUACCUUCCUAACAAACAAGUACUUGGCCUCAGCAAGCUUGCUAGGAUUGUGGAAAUAUACAGUAGAAGAUUGCAAGUCCAGGAGCGCCUUACCAAACAAAUCGCGAUCGCCAUCACAGAAGCCUUACAGCCCGCGGGAGUUGGAGUGGUUAUUGAAGCUACGCAUAUGUGUAUGGUAAUGCGUGGGGUCCAGAAAAUGAACAGUAAAACAGUAACCAGCACAAUGUUGGGGGUAUUCCGGGAAGAUCCAAAGACCCGUGAAGAAUUCCUGACGCUCAUCAGGAGCUGAAACUGUGGUGGUCUCUAAAUGCACUCUGGAGGUUGUUCUGUCCGGUGUCACUGUCUGUUCUUUCUUGUUCCUGCGUCUCACUUUUGAACUCAAUCGUUGUGAAUUGUUGUCGUAGUCUUUGUGCAGUAAAAGACUUCUGAUGGCAAA